UUUUUUUUUCACUUCUUCUUCUUCUUUCUCUUUCUUUCCUAAUUUUUUUUCGAAAUGUCCAAAGAGUCUGUUGUUACAGACAAAAAGGAAGAGACGAACAAGAAUGGUGUUCCUCUCCACAAAGCCGGAAUCACCAAACGCGAUGAAGCGCUUGACAACGAGAUCGUCUACGAGUUUGGUGGUCCCUUUGGCGUCACUGCAAUGAUGAUCGGGUUCCCUUGUCUUAUGUACUAUUUCUGGGUCUCGCUCGAAUAUCACCAAGGAAAGAUUUACUACCCUCAGACAUUCACUUUCGAAGGUAUCCGCAGCUUCAUCCUCCACGAAAUCGUCGAGAAAGUCGUGGCUGACGCUGCCCCCAACUGGACUGCAACCAAGAUUUAUAUGGGAUACAUUGUCUACUCAUUCAUCCUUGCCUACAUUAUGCCUGGACCUAUUGUCGAGGGUCUCCCCAUUCCUUCCCUCAAGGGUAAAAGACUCAAGUACCUUUGUAACGGUUUGUCGUCUUGGUAUCUUACUCUUGUCUUGGCCGCUGUUCUCCACCUUACCGGAGUGUUCCGUUUGACUGAGAUCAUCGAUAACUUUGGUAGAAUCAUGUCUGUAGCAAUCAUCUGGGGGUUCACUUUGACUGCAUUGGUUCAAAUCGAUAGCAUAAUUAAGGGAAAUUCCCAUCGUCUGUCAGGAAACUUCUUUUACGAUUUCUUCAUGGGCUAUCCUCUUAACCCACGUAUUGGUCAUGUCGAUCUCAAGAUGUGGGCUGAAAUUCGUGUCCCUUGGCCUAUUCUGUUCUUUUUGUCUGUUUCAUGCUUGAUUAAGCAGUACGAACUCACCGGUGUCGUCACUGGACCUGCUUGCUUUAUGGUCCUUGCUCACUUCCUUUACGUCAAUGCUUGCCAGAAGGGUGAGGAGUGCAUUCCCACUUCUUGGGAUAUCUUUUACGAAAAGGAUGGUUUCAUGUUGAUUUUCUGGAACAUGGCCGGUGUCCCAUUCACCUACUGUUACGCCUCAAUCUACCUGAUGAAGUACCAGCUCACAACUGGCAAAGCUAUUACCCACUCUUUGCCCUACACUGCCACUCUUUUCGUCGUCCUCCUCUUGGCCUAUUACUUCUUCGAUACUGGUAAUUCCCAAAAGAACCGUUUCCGCAUGGAGCAAAAUGGAUCUUUCUUUGCCCGUAAUGCCUUCCCCCAGCUUCCCUACGGCCACAUCAAGAACCCUACUUACAUCAAAACCGAGCAUGGCAACCUUCUCCUCACUUCAGGAUGGUGGGGUGUUGUCCGCAAGCCCCAUUAUACUGCAGAUUUGACAAUGUCUUUGUGCUGGGGUCUUAUUACUGGCGCUGGUUCAUUCUUGCCUUACUUCUAUUUCUGUUUCUUUGUUGUUGUCCUCACUCACCGCACUAAGCGUGAUAUGGAGCGUUGUGAGAAGAAGUAUGGAAAGGACUGGGAGAGAUAUUGCGAGAGAGUACCAUACAUCUUAAUUCCUUACGUAUUUUAAAUUAUACACCCUUUAAUUAUUUUCCCUUCAUUCAUUAGUAUGUGUUUACUAGCACACCCUUAAUAAUUCACUCAAUCAAUCAACCAAUAUAUAUACAUAUAUGUAUAUAUAUAAUAUACAUAUACUCUUUUUCUCAUCAGACAUACAUACAUCUUUAUAUGUUGGAUUGAUUUUGUUUUGUCAUGUAUUCAAUGUAUAAUUAUAAUUAUUUUUAUUAUUAUUAUUGAGAAAUCUAUAGU